UCGGCAUGAUGCUGACGUCGGGAGUUCUACCAGGCCAGUACGAUCUGAAUCUUCGUCCAUUUCGGUUGCCCGAUUCGAUUCGAGCGUGGCGUGUAUCCGUGAAAACGCGCGUGGAAAGCGACUGCGAUAAUUAGUGAGCGAACGAACGAGUGUGGCGAGCCGUUUGUCGGUCGUGGAAAACUAAUUCGGUGAAUUUGCCUCGCUAAUUGAUGAGGUGGUUUUCCUCAAAUUGGAAGAAGGGAACCAUCUGUUGAACUUUGAUGGCUUCGGAAAAACGGUGGAACGUGAGAUGAGCGAAGAAAAUUAAUUCGAAAACAAUUUGCCGUAGAAGAGCGGAUUAGUAGCUGCAAUCAUUAGUAUCCAGGAAAAUUUAUGUCUCGGAAGGGUGAAUUUAUCUUCGGCAUCUUAACGUGGCACAGUGGUAAAGGAUAGCAGUGAAAAAUGGCAGAUUCGUUGGAAAAUGGUACGGUGAAUACCGAGCUGUUGGAGCAUUUUAAGAAGAUAGAUGUGAAAAUUGUCGAUAACGAAAAGGAAGCAUUUACGAUCCGGGUUGCAAAGUUUUGGAAAAAUUUGAAGCUCAAAACGGCACUCUCACAUUUUGGAUUGCUGUGCACAUUGGUGGUUUACUGCGGUGUUGGAGGAGUGAUAUUCAGGGAACUAGAACUUCCAGCGGAAGUGGCCAGAAUUAAAGACCUGAGAGAAACGCUCAUUAAGCAACGUGAACAGUUCAUUUAUUCCAUCACAAACAACACUGACUUGACUAAUCUGGAUAUUCUACUUUCACUUGAACUGGAAAAGUACGAAAAGGUUGUACAGGAUGCUGCCCAAGGUGGCCUUUCGAUUGAUGUCGAAAAUAAUUUCCCGGUUGGAUCUGAGAAAUGGAGCAUCCUACAAGCGGUAUUCUUUGCAUCAACAGUUCUCACCACAAUCGGUUAUGGGAAUAUCGUGCCGGUAACGCUCUGGGGCCGCGUCUUCUGCAUACUCUUUGCUCUAGUCGGCAUCCCACUCACGUUAUCGGUAAUUGCAGAUUGGGGACGUCUUUUUGCCACUGCCGUUUCCGCUGUUGCAAAACACUGGAAGUCUAUAGUUCCCCUCGCAAGAUUUUGUCCCGACGCCGGGGUGAAAAUGGCCGACAAAAAGUGGCUCUAUGCUGUGGGAGCCGUAUGCUUCUUGGGAGUGUACUUAGCGGCGGGUACCGGAUUGCUCCUACUUUGGGAGGAGGAUUGGAAUUUCUUCGAUGGAUACUAUUUCUGUUUCAUCACUAUGACUACGAUAGGAUUUGGAGAUUUAGUGCCAAGUAAACCCAACUAUAUGUUACUGUGUACUCUAUAUAUCCUCGUCGGAUUAGCGUUAACUUCUACGAUCAUUGAACUCGUAAGGCGACAGUAUGCUCAGAGCUGGCACAAACUACAAGCUCUUUCCGGACCACUUGCGGAAACCCUCCGCCGUUUGGGGGAAUCAGCAGGCACGGGAAUCGAUGUAACUGCCCUACACAAUGAUCUGAGACGAGUUCUAACCGUGGUAUCGAUGCCGCGACGCCAUGGCGGCAAAAAGAAUGACUCAGGGGAAAUGGCGGCGCUAGAAGCAAUAACAAACGCCAUUCUCCAGGAUAUAAAGGAGAAACAUGAAAACAAAUCUCCACCCAAGGUGGUACAAAUUGUGAUCUAUGAAUCGUCUGUAUAGAUGAUUGAACAUCGAGUCACUCGAAUUGCCCGAGAAGAUGACGCCUUGAGGUUACAUCGAAAGGUUGUUUGACGUCAACGGAACGUUUUAGACAAAAAGAUAAAAUAUUCAAACAAGAACAUAAAUUUGCAAUUGAAGGACAACCAUAAACAAGCUGAUCUACUGCAACGAGCGGUUGUAUGGAUGGUCUAAGAUUGCUGAUUAUUUGUUGAAUUCAUCUGCACAAUUGCUAAAGAUAAUAAGGUUAAAUGUUUAGCUUUUACUUGCUUAAUGAUAAGAGCAUGCAAAGUUCCCAUACGUACUGAACAUUCGGACUAUGUACCUUAACUUAUGAAAUGAACGCUAAAAUAAUAGCAACGAAAUGGACACUAGUCAAUAUUAUUUCCGCAGUUUCCUAUUCUAUUAAAAAAAUGUUUU